UUUUUACGACAUGUUCACUGUCGGCAAACAUAAACAAAUAUGGCGGUGUCGGAGAGCGUUCCACUUUUAAUGCGACUAGUUUCAGCCUCUGUUUCAGUCUCAUACAGAGCCGCAAGGAUAGCUAGAGAUGUUUUAAUUAAAGGAGAUCUUGGAAUAGUCGACAAGGGAGGAAAGAAUGACCUACAAACAGAAGCAGAUCGUUCUGCUCAGAGGUGUAUCAUUGCUUCUCUUCAUAAGCAGUUUCCAAAUGUAGCAAUAUUUGGAGAAGAGGAUUUAGCUCCUACAACGAAAAUCCCUGAUGACUUUAUAGAGACUGAAUUUGACCAGGAUGUAUUGAGACAUGAAUGCCCAGAAAAUCUUCGCAACAUAAAUAAUGAUGACGUUGUCAUAUGGGUUGAUCCUCUAGAUGGGACAAAAGAAUUUACGGAAGGUUUUCUUGACCAUGUGACGGUGCUAAUUGGUAUAGCAGUGAAGGGUGUGGCAACAGCAGGUGUCAUCAAUCAACCAUUCCAUAACUUUGAGGAGAUUCCAAAGUAUGGCAAAGCCAGGUGUAUUUGGGGUGUACAGGGCUUAGGAUCAUUUGGUUUCAAACGCAAUGCUCACUUGGAGGGUAACGUGAUCACAACCACACGAUCUCACUCAGACUACACGAUAACAAAGACUGUUGAGGCCUGUGAACCCACGGAGGUGUUGCGUGUGGGAGGGGCGGGCCACAAGGUACUGUUACUAAUUGAGAAAAAAGCGCACGCAUACGUGUUCGCCAGUAUAGGCUGCAAAAAAUGGGACACAUGCGCCCCCGAGGCUAUCCUGCAAUCUCUUGGCGGCCGCCUGACAGAUAUUCAUGGUCACCCAAUUCCGUACCAUGCCAACGUCGUCCAUAACAACACAGGCGGCGUGCUUGCUACAGUCGCCAACCACGAUUGGUACGUGAACAAAAUCAAGGAAAAGGUGGACUCGGAAACGCUGUCAAAAUUUGAGUCAGUUAAAGCAGCCCCGCCUUCGCUGGAGUCACAGCUUUCCCAGCAGACCUUGAACAUCCAAAACAGCAGCAGCAAGUCUGCUAAUGGAAAGGUUGGCGAAGAGAAGACAAGGAAAAGUGAAGUGAAUAAAGCCACACACAAAAAGUAGCCAGUUAUUUGCUGCCAUCAUUCCCUUGCAUGCCGAAGAGCACCAGUCAUAAUCAUAUUUUGUGCAUUAAAUACCACUGUUAAGUGUUUACCAUUUCAAAUUGUGUAAGAUACUGUAUUUUAUGAAAAAAUAGCCGAUUGCAGUUAAAAAAUCAUCACCAAACUUGUUUGUAACAGUACUGGCCGACUCAUUCUUCAGCCAAACUUUUACGCCUUCGGAACAGACUGCUGUGUACUUUUUGGGUGCAAGUCUGUUUCCCUAACUGUUUUAAGUAUUCAGGGUCAGAAAAUUCAGUUGCCAAUUUUGUAAAUUUUAUCACAAGAGUAUUUUGCAAUAUAAAAGUGAUUUGUUAUUUAUUACCAGUUUUUCUCUCAGGUCUUUCAAAAUUAGAGUCAUGUAAGGGGUGGACAAUUUAAGUCAUCAAAUAAAACACAAGUGCCAUUAGUAAGAAAUGAUAGGAUGUGUUUAAGUGGUAUCUUAUCUUUAAAUGUUUAUCAGAUUUUGUCAGCCCUUUGUUGGGUCUAGAGAUGUCUAUCAUAAAAAAAUUAGAAACUGAUUACAAAUAGGAUAUGUGGUUCAUUUUGUAUUUUAAAUCACCUGAGCACAAGAUGCUCAUGGUGAGCGUUUAUGAUUGCCAUUUGUCCUUUGUGCGUGGUGCAGCGUCAACAUUUGCCUUGUUAACACUCUUGAGGCCACAUUUUUUGUCUGAUCAUCAUGAAACUUGGUCAGAAGAUUUGUCCCAAUGUUAUUUUGGACGAGUUCAAAAAUGGUUCAGGUUGGUUGAAAAACAUUGCCACCAGGAGCGGGGCAUUUUUCCUUAAAUGGCUAUAGUAAAAUCUUGUUAACACUCUAGAGGACACAUUUAUUGUCUAAUCAUCAUGAAACAUGGUCAGAAGUAUAGUCCCAAUGAUAUCUUGGACAAUUUCAAAAAUGGUUCCGGUUGAUUGAAAAACAUGGCCAUUUGGGGGCGGGGCAUUUUUCCUGAUAUGGCUAGUAAAACCUUGUUACCACUAUAGAGGACACAUUUAUUGACUGAUCUUCAGGAAACUUGGUCAGAAGAUUUGUCCGGAUGGUAUCUUGGACAAAUUUGAAAAUGGUUCUGGUUGGUUGAAAAACAUGGCCAUCAUGGAGUGGGGCAUUUUUCCUGAUAUGGCUAUAUACAUGAAUGACUUUAGUAAAAUCUUGUUAACACUCUAGAGAACACAUUCAUUUUCCAAUCUUCUUGAAACUUGGUCAGAAGAUUAUUUGCAAUGAUAUCUUGGGUGAGUUCGAAAAUGGUUCGGUUUGGUUUUAAAACAUGGCGGCCAGGGGGGCGGGGCAUUUUUCCUUAUUUGGCUAUAGUUAAAACUUGUUUACAGUCACAUUUAUUUUCCGAUGUUCAUGAAAGUUUGUCAGAAAAUUUGUUUUAAUAAUAACUUGGACGAGUUUUAAAAUAGUUCCGGUCUUUUGAAAAAACAUUGCCACCUUGGGGCGGGGAAUUUAUGCUUAUUUGGCUAUAGAAAAACACUUGUUAGCACUCUAAAAGUUACAUGUAAAGUUCACUCUUCAUGAAACUUGGUCAGAACAUUUAUCUUAUGAUAUCUUGUGCUGCACAGAACAGUUCGGUUCUUUUGUAUCUCAGGUGAGCGACUUUGGGCCUUUCAGGCCCUCUUGUUUAUUAUUGGUCUUUUUAUCUGAAAACACCAUACUGUUGAUCAUUGUCAGGAAAAAUAGUUGUGUUUAAAUGUUAAUGUAGGAAUAUCAUUCUUAUUAUUGAAUACAAAACAUAAACCACUCUUUUAGUCUUAUUAAUUUGUUAAAUUCACUUAAAAAAGAUAUGCAUGAAUUAUAUGUUAUUUGUAAUCAAAUAUUUGUUUUUAUAACUUUGUGGAGCAUAUGAUGCAUAAUUGUUAGAUUGUGUUAAAUUAAAUCAGGGUAGACACUAAACUGUAAGUGCUUUGUUGCAUAUAUUUAACAUUAACAUAUUAAAAAUCAGGAAAAAAAACAGUUAACUUACUGAAGUAAAAGCAUCAUAAAUAUUUCUGUUGUAUUAUACUGCAAAUUCAUUCAUAUCGAUACAGCUUUACUUCAUAAGGGUUUUACUUGAAAUAUCAAGUGUCAGCUUAGCUUAAAGUAUGAUGCACUCUCAGCAGUAUCUGGAUUGCAAUACUCUGUAUGUGUGCAUGGAUUACAUCGAUAUUACCUAAUGUUUUUCAUAUCUGCGGUAACUCAGGCUUAAUUAUACCCCCACAAACGAAGUUUAGGAGGGUAUAUGGGAGUGAGCUGGUCUGUCUGUCUGUUGGUCUGUCUGUCGGUCAGUGGGUCUGUCGGUCCGUAUUUAGUGUCCGCUCUCUUAUUCAAGUUGUUUUCAUCCGAUCUUCACCAAACUUGGUCAGAUGUUGUAUCAAGAUGAUGUCUAGGUCAAGUUCGAAUAUGGGUCAUGCAGGGGGGUCACUUAGUGCGUUUCAAACAUUCAGCAUGGUUCUGCUGUUUUAUUUGAAGACAACAUGCAAAAUAUUCUGUGUUAAUGCGGUAUGUGGAGGUAUUCGUCACAUCUGUGACAAAGCUCUAGUUGUUUUUGUGAAAAAAAUGGUAUCGUCAACACAAGUAAUAAUGAUUUUGAAGUAUUUAGUGUGUUAAAAUAAAUUAUAUAUUUGUUGUGUAUAGAUAAGAGUUUCUAACUUUGUUUUUCUUAUAUUCGGAAAUAUUAUUAGUAUCAGUUAUAUAGUUUAUUAUAAAAUUAAAUAUAUUAAAUAUUUGACCAAUCUUAUCUGGUUGUACAUACUAUUUCUUUGUAAUGGAAAAUAUCAUAAUUAUAAGUUAUAUAGUUAAAUACAAGAUAUAUAUUAAAUGUUUGACUAAGUAGUAUGUUAGUACAUAACAAUUAAUUUCGGCUUGAAACUAUUUGAAUUUCAUAUAUUAUUGUUGUAUUUUGGAUCUUUUUUUAUGCUGCUUAUGUUUUAAGCCAUGUAUAAUUCAUGUACUAUUAGAAUAGCCGUUGUCUAACGUUUUGUUUUUCUCAUUUUCUAAUAGCAAUAAUGAUUAAAACAAAUUUAUUACAUAAUUCCCAAUAUAAUAAUAAGACAAUUAUAUUAAUAUCAGGCAUUUGAUUUACUGGUUUACCAAUUAAUUGUGUUUUAAACAUGUUUUCCAAUGAAUUGUGUUUUAAACAGGUUUACCAAUGAAUUGUGUUUUAAACAGAAAUUAUUUCUUGAUCUCAGUAAAAAGUGGCUUUUAUAAAUUUGGGCCCAGGUGACUUAACAUGACAUUCGGGAUGCAAUAAAAUCACAUUGAUGUGUUGUUUUAUGAACAGAAUAAUUUACACUUAACUCAAUCAUGUAAAGUUGAUUGUCAUUAACAUACAUAUAAAAUACAACAUGCAUUGAAGUACACACUAAACACACAUCAUUUUUAAGAAAUGUUAAACAGGAAAUAAACAUAUUUUGUGAACAUAUUUCAUCUAGGCAAAAGGUUCAGUUUAAAGUGACUUUAAGGGGGUUUAAUGAAUGUGCAUAAAGUGUCGUCCCAGAUCAGCCUGUGUAGUUUGCAUAGUGAAGUUUCUGGAAAAAAAACAUUACUAAAAACAUGCAAUAAUAACAAAGAUUAAAACUAUUACAUCCAUUUUGCUAUGAACACUUCCUUAUAUGAUUUGUUGAAAUAAACACUAUUAUUAUUUGUUACACUUGUGUCCUCAAAUUCAUUUAUGCAUACUUGUGGUAUUUUGAUGUGUGCUGUAUUUUCCAAGUCAACAAAGAAAGAUGUUAAUUUCUCUAAAUAUAAUUGUUGAAAAAUCACAAUGAAUGUGCCGAAGUGUGUUGAGUCAUUAGAUUUAUUAUCAGUAAAGCAUUUUAUACACUGCAUAGUUUAAGGUCAAAGUUUGUGCAUAAUACAUAAUGUUGUAAUGUGUGUGCAAUAGUUGUAUGUUUUGUGAUAUCAAACGAAAUCAUUGCCAACAAAUGAGGUAUUACGCAAUCGUUUACAAUUUUGAUCGCUCAUUGAAAUCUCAUCUUCAUCCUAUAAAAAAUAUUUAAGAAAAAAUGUUAUCAUUUUUUAUGGACAAUUAUGCUAUUUUGAAUCAUGUAGAAUUGAAUUGCAAGAUGCAUGUGGGAAUCAAACUUUAAGGAAUGGAAUAAUAAGAAGGCAUGUAGGAAUUAAGCCACGGAGAAUUAAAUCAUACGAGUACAUGAUGGAAUUUACAAUGAAAAUCAAGGCCAAUAGAGGAAUUAAAUCAAUAAGAAUAAAAUCACAUGAGCACAUGUAGGCAUUAACCAAUGAUGAAUUUAAUCAAAAGAUGGAAUUAACUAAAGAUGCUAGAAAGCCAUGUAUUAGAAUGAGAGUUAUUUGUUUGUCAUUCAACACAAAAAUUAUUAUUCAUAUUAUAAAACUUGUGUGCCUUUCUUUUUGAAGGAGUGGGGAGGGGGCAUAUUGCUUUGCUUUUUUUCUUGUCAGUCAGACUGUCUGUCUCUCUCUCGACUAUCCAUUUCUUAGAUAUCGAGAGAAAGCUUUUACCUACAACCAUGUUAAUUGGUAUGAUGUUAACUUGAGAGCUCAGCAGGUUAAGGUCAAGGGGCUUGUCACAGUAUGUUCAUUUCUCAAUGUGUCUUACCUUGAAAAAAAAUUGACCUAAGGUCUUUGUGAUUGGUGAAGCAGUUACUUCUGAGAGAGGGAAGACACCUAUAAAUUUUGAGACUACCAGGUCAAAGGUCAAGCUUACAGGGUCUUGCAACAGGGUAUUUUUGCCUUUAUUUUUAGAAUGCUGACCUGUGAUCAUGCAUCUUGUGAUUAUAGUAUUUACUACAUAAGAAAAAAAUCCGCAUUUUGAUUUUUGGGUUAGCACGUCAAAGGUCAAGGUUGCAUGUGCUUGUACCUAGAAAGAAUUUUUUGACCUGAGAUCAUCGAAAUUGAUAUCAUGGUUUCUUGAGAGGAUAUGAUGUAUGAUUAUUUGGUGGUCAACAGGUCACAGGUCAAGGUCUCAAUGGCUUGUAAAAGGAAUUUUGAUCCCACACAAUUAGUUUAGGUCACUUUGACAUUUGAUAAUAGAAAUUGGUGUAGUGGUUACUUGAAAAGAUAGAAAUAGAUCUAAUAAAAUGGAGGUAAUCAGGUCAAAGUAGCUUGUAUUAUGAAAUAGGUUCACACACUAUGAUCUCUAAGGAUUAUAUAAAUUAGUAUGCUGGUAAGUCUUGAUGUAGGAUCACGCCAAAUGAUUUUCAAACCAAAAGAUCGAAGGUCAAGGUCACAGGGACGCUUGCUGCAAGUUGGGGGGGGGGGGGGGGUUUGGCAAAUAUGUUUUUGAUUGAAUAAAAGCUUAAAUUGACUAUACCACUCUGAGAAUGUGGACUUUACUUUUAAAUGUUGAUGAGUAGUUAAAUUAUCGGGCGAUUUUCUAUAGGAAUUUUAUAAUGGUUGUUGUAUGACAUAUACAGCGUUUCUCUUACUCAGUAAGGAAAUGUAUUUCUUGUUUCUUUUUAAAUAAAGAAAACCUUAUUUCAUACAUAAAAAGACAUCAGUUAAGCUACUUGUAUUUGACGAAUAAUUCCUAAAAGUUAAAACAACUCAUGGUAUUGAAUAUUUAAACCAUUUUAUUCCAGUACUGAUAUUGUAAUGGAGCUGAUUUUUAAGUUUCUUUAUGGUUAUAAAUACAUAUUUAACAUUUUAGAACUAACAGAAUUCUGUCUUAAUCUAGCAUCUCUCUUGGUAUCGGUUAACUUGUUUCAAGCUUUUUCUUAUGCUGCGCAGCUAUUCCAGGGGUGGCAAAAUUCAUAAUUGUCAAUAUUGUAUGGUAUGUAACAGAACAUGUUUGGACUAUGUUGUUAGAAUUUUUUGUUAAAACUUUAUACCAACAGCAAGCAAACAGGAAAAUUCAGUCUAAACGUUCAUACUGACAUGAAAGGCUUGACACAAUUUUGCCCCUUUACAUAGUACCUGCCUAACAGUUCAUUGUUGUGUAUGUAGUAAUUUUCUCAUCUAGGAACCCAAUGCUGCAAAGCAAGAGCGAAUGGCAAGGAAACGCCGUCUGGAAGAGGGGGACUCAAAACUCUAGAGAUACACUGCUGUUGCAAGUGGAGACAAUACUUGUUGAGAUCUCUACACAUUUGGGAACAGCUCAGGGAAAAUCGGGCUUAAUGCACAUGCAGUGUCAUCCCUCUGUUUGCACAGGCUAAUCAGGGACAACUCUUUCCCCUUUUAUGGAAUUUUUCUUUUAAAGAAAUUGUUUUCCACGCAAAAAUCUAGAAUAAAUGUAAAGUGUAGUUCCUGAUUAGCCUCUGCAGACUGCACAGGCUAACCUGGGACCACACUUGACACACAUGCAUGUAGCCCAGUUUUCCCUGAGGGCUGUUCAUUUGCAGUUUCACAAUUUGUCUAUCUUUUGUUUGCAUUCACAUUUGUAGUUUAUAUUUACGUUCUAAACCAAAUCUAAACUUUGAUUUAACAUUACCUGAACUUUCAGUUUUCUGUUUGCAAACAACACUUAUAAUCAUCUUGAUUACAUCUUGUUUAAAAACUUACAUAUUUAUUUUGAUGUUUUUGUAUAUAGGCAUGCAAAGUAGUUUUUAUAUAACUACCACUUUAAAUACAAUGUAAUAGAGUGUGCUUAUACUAAGUAAAAUAUGCCAUGCACGAUUGUCUAUAGAUAGUGGUUAUGUGUUAAGCUAAUCAUUUCAUCAAGGAAAAACUGUUAAAAGUCUACGAUUACAAUACAUUAUUCAUUAUGUAUUUUUAUGUAGUAGUAAGAUAUACAUGUAAAUUAAUUAUGUUGAACAUCUGUCAUUUAAUGUGUAUGUUUGGAGGUUAAUGUUAAAAGAGAGUUAAAAUAACAAUGUUUUAGUUCCAAACGCUGAUGUAAAUUCAGUUUCACUUAGCUUAAAUUUGUACUAACCUUACAUUCACAAUAUUUUCCCUGGCUGUUAUUUGAUUUAUAGAUUUCAUCACAGCAUGUUGAGAACUGAGGUUUACAUCUUGUGUAUCUUUUUAUUAUGUUAAGUAGCAAUAUAUUAUGUAGCGAAAUUGUGAAUAGUUCUUCCAUAUAUGCUUCAUUUUCGUCUGUUUUUUUUAUAUAGCCAAAGAAACUGUAGGUAAAUAAACAUAAGUAAAUUU